AAUAGAUACAAACAGAUGCCUUCCUUUGUCUUAAUUUGGCAGAAAAUCUACAAGAAGAAUGAUCUGGACCAGUCUGGCACCAUGAGCUCCAGUGAGAUGCGAGUUGCUGUUGAGGAAGCUGGUUUCCACUUGAAUAACCAGCUGACCCAGAUCAUUGUGGCCCGCUAUUCCGACGUGGAUAAUCUCACCCUUGAUUUCGAUAACUUUGUUUCCUGUCUAGUUCGCCUGGAAGCUGUUUUCAAAAUGUUUAAUUCUCUGCCCAAGGAUGGAGAUGGUCUUGUCGAGCUCGGAAUGCUGCAGUGGCUAACGUUGGCCAUGGGCUGAUGUUGCUGGACCAGCAGUGGAUGUGGAAGAGCAAUUUCCACUGGGACAGCGCUCCGUGGAGUGUCCAUUCCUUCUGAGGCAUGCACCCUGCUGUCUCUCUGGUUGUGUCUUUGGGAUCUUGUGCUUAUGCCCUGCCUCAGGGCUGCUUGUGUUUCUAGCAGUGGGUCAUAUCGCCAGUGCACUGUGCUCUGAUCUCUGCGGUGGAUUAACUCUUACUCUGUUGCCUAAUCCUCAGCAUGGCUUUCUCUGAGGACCGGGUGGGUGUACCAACUUGGUCACUUUGUUGUAUUUCUGACUGAAUAAAAAUGGGUUGAAAACUCUGGGAGCACUCUGAACAAUG